AUCGAAAAGAUUUGAUGUAAGAUUUUACAGAGAAAGGAGCCCAGCCUCGCAUUUCAUUUCCCUACAAGAGGAUCUGAUCUUUCUGCUCUUAAGAGGACUUGAAUUUCCUGUUUAGUAAUUGUAGUUUUGAAAAAUAUGCAGAAUUGGACUGGUGUCUAAACUGAAGUCAUUCUUUAAAAAAACUUAACAAAAAUAAUUAACAAAACAUGCUAAACGAAAUGCACCCGUGACAUUAUCAAUUUAAGAGCUCAAAGGGAACAAAAGAAAGGAUUGGAAAUAUCAGAGGGAGACGGAAAGAUACUAGACACAACUGUCUGCCAGACUUCUCACUUUUGGAUUUCUAUGUCUUGAAUAUCUCUAAUGGCACACAACGACUUCAGUCCCUCAACCUUCAUUGGAUUAUAGAUCAGAGGAGUAAAACACCACGGCGCAAGACUUAAGUGCAUGAGGCUUCGUCUCCAGAAUGCUGUGUUUUCUCCACACAGACUUGUAAAUUUAUACAUCUCAGUGAUGACUUUAUCAUCUGUUGGACACUGCUGAUUCUUUUAGGACUAUCAGACUGCACCUUUCAAGGACUACAAGAGCAGAGAAAGAAGGAUGAACGGGGUGCCAGAGACCUCGGUGAAAUGCGUACUGGUUGGGGACUGCGCAGUGGGUAAAACUGCACUUUUGGUACGGUUCACCUCUGAAACUUUCCCAGACAGCUACAGACCCACUGUCUAUGAAAACACGGGAGUUGAUGUCUUUAUGGAUGGAAUCCAGAUCAGUUUGGGAUUGUGGGAUACAGCAGGGCAUGAUACAUUCCGCCAAAUCCGGCCCAUGUCCUAUCAAGACGCGGAUGUGGUCUUGCUGUGUUAUUCAGUAGCAAAUCCAAAUUCUUUAAGUAAUUUGCGGCACAAAUGGAUCGCUGAGGUGAGGGAAUAUCUUCCAAAGGUGCCAGUACUGGUUGUUGCCACACAGACAGACCAUCGUGAGAUGGGCCCGUAUCGUGCUAACUGCACCACGUCCCCAGAGGGCAAGCAGGUGGCACAGGAGAUUCGUGCCAAGGGAUAUCUGGAAUGUUCGGCCCUUAGCAAUCGUGGUGUACAACAGGUUUUUGAGUGUGCUGUGCGAACAGCUGUAAAUCGGGCACGAAGACAGACGAGACGGAGACUGCUAAACCUUAACCCCUGCAAAAUCUCAUAAAUGCUUUUAAAGGAAAGAUCACUAAGAUAAAAUCGUUUCUCACACACAAAGUCAAGUAAUUGAAGCUUCAACAAAGACUUCUUAACACUGAUGUCUUAAUACUGUUGACUCAAAAGAUUCUGAUUUUGAGUCUUCUAUUCAGAUUUCUACACACAGUAUACAUACUGAACCUAUAUUUAUUCAUUAAA